GUGGAAGAGGCGAGUUGCCCCGGGGGGGGCUCGGGAAGCCGCGGCUCGGGGCUGUCAGCGGGGCUAUCCGCGGGUCUGACACCAGCGGGUCUGACACCAGCGGCUGGCCCCGGCUGCGGGGCCGGGGGCGGGCGGGCGCCGCGGGUCUCGUGUGUGCACCCCCCUCCCGCCCCCCGUGCGCUCUCGGUCCCUCCCUGGGAACAGGCGCUGCCCACCCAAGGAGGCGACCAGCGCUCCUGCCCCGCUGCCACUCGCUCACUCACACGCAUCACACAGACACACACACAUACACCGUGCGUGCGCCUCUCGCUCCCGCACUGGAGUCAGUGCUUGUGCCUGCAGGUUGCUCAGACCUCAAAUCUAAGGGAAAAGCUCAGCGUUUGCGUCGCUGCUCCUGCCGCCGGUGGUGGUAGCGGUGAAGAGAAGAGGGGGUUGUGUUUUUUUGUUGGUUUUUUUUUUUUUUUUUUUUUUUUUUUUUGCUUGGCGGCUUUUUUUUUCUUCUUCCCCCUUGAAUUCAAUGGAUCUGAACUUGGAGCCUUUAGACCUCGGCGGUAUUGGAAUAUCUACAUGCUGAUCAUCUUUGUUGUGACACAUCAAGUCGUGUGGGGAAACCAUCCGAAGACAGCAAGAUGUUUCUCGUUCUCUUGUACUUCGCUUUGCCCUUAGUGGAAGUGAGCGGGCUGCCUGGAGGGGACCGCCUGGACUGCGUGAAAGCCAGCGAUCAGUGUCUGAAGGAGCAGAGCUGUAGUACUAAAUUCAGGACACUGAGGCAGUGUGUAGCCGGCAAAGAGAGCAACUUCAGCCGGGCCACGGGCCUGGAGGCGAAGGACGAGUGCAGAAGCGCCAUGGAAGCUCUCAAGCAGAAAUCCCUGUACAACUGCCGCUGCAAGAGGGGCAUGAAGAAGGAGAAGAACUGCCUGCGCAUUUACUGGAGCAUGUACCAGAGCUUGCAGGGAAAUGACUUGCUUGAAGAUUCCCCUUAUGAGCCAGUUAACAGCAGACUAUCAGACAUAUUCAGGCUAGCACCAAUGGUAUCAGUGGAGCCAGUACUUUCAAAGGGGAACAAUUGCUUGGAUGCAGCCAAAGCUUGUAACCUAAAUGACACCUGCAAGAGGUUCAGAUCUGCUUACAUAACCCCCUGCACCAGCAGCACGUCCAAUGAGAUCUGUAACAAGCGGAAGUGUCAUAAGGCCCUCCGGCUAUUUUUUGACAAGGUCCCCCCAAAGCACAGCUACGGGAUGCUCUUCUGCUCCUGUCGAGACGUAGCCUGUACUGAGAGGAGGCGGCAGACUAUUGUUCCUGUGUGCUCAUAUGAGGACAGGGAGAAACCAAACUGCCUGAAUUUACAAGAGUCCUGCAAGAAGAAUUACAUCUGCAGAUCUCGCCUUGCAGAUUUCUUCACAAACUGCCAGCCUGAGUCACGCUCUGUUAGUGGCUGUCUGAAGGAGAACUAUGCUGACUGCCUGCUUGCCUACUCGGGGCUCAUUGGCACUGUGAUGACACCAAACUACAUCGACUCCAGCAGCCUCAGUGUGGCCCCGUGGUGCGACUGCAGCAACAGUGGCAACGAUGAAGAGGAGUGCAAGAAAUUCCUGAAUUUCUUCCAGGACAACACAUGCCUUAAAAAUGCAAUUCAGGCCUUUGGCAAUGGCACUGAUGUGAAUGUCUGGCAGCCAAUCUUACCAGUACAGACCACUACAGCCACAACUACGACAGCUUCCAGACUUAGAAACACAGGGUCAGAGACCACCAACAACGAAAUACCCUCCCACAAUGAUUCACCAGCAUGUGCAAACCUGCAGGCACAGAAGAAGCGAAAAUCCAAUGAAUCUGUAGACACAGAGCUCUGUCUUAAUGAGAAUGCUCUGGGGAAGGACAACACAGCGGGAGUCUCCACCAGUCACAUAUCCGCGGAGAAUUCCCUGGCUCUUCCUACCAGCUCCUAUCUAAGCACACAGCUCACCCUGAUGGCACUUGCACUCUCGCUCUCUUUGUCCCUAAGCUCAUCAGUCAUCUUGUAGCUGCAUUACAAAAGGACGUGUUAAAAAAAAAAAAAAUCAAAAAAAAAAAAAUCUGUUUGCUGUCCUCUGUUGUUUAUCUGGAAUUCCAGGUCUGGGAGCUAAGCUGAGGCACUCCUGCUAGAACAGUCUCAGUCAGCUGGAAUUUUAUUUUUUUUUCUCUCUAAAAAAAGCUUCUUGUGAUAUUUAGAGGCUUUGUGAAAUACUUGGUGCAGUGCUACAUUCCAAACCCAAAAGGCUUUUGGGCAUGCUGUGUUUUAAAGAGACAGUGUGUAAAUUUGCCUGUAAAGCGACCUGGUUGGAUUAUUUUAAUAAUUAUUAUUUUAAUUCUGGCUUUUACCUGAGAAAGAAGAUGAUGGUUUUCUUAAAAUCUUGUUUAUCUCAUUGAAUGGUUUUGGUUUUCAAAUUGAUUGAACUUCAGACUACCAAGGAUGCCAGGCUUUUGUCUAAUGGUGAAUGUUCUCCCAGAGAGUGGACUUUAUGAAACUUCUUCAUUUGAUAAAUCGCUACUGAUGUUAAACUCUUUCAGUGUGUUAGCAUUUUCCUCUUUAAAUGUUUACGUACUGUAAGUGAUUCUGCGUUCCCUGCUGAGAAGCCAUUAUAAUUCACAUACAGGUAUAAUGUAUAUCUUUCAGUUAAAUUCUCAUAGAGUGUGGCGUAGAACCUUCUAACAGUACAUUUAUCUUUUAAUUAUAAUCAUCUAGCCUUAACAAGAGUGAAGAUUCUUUACAUUAGCAAGAUGCAGCCAUUGUGAAAGCUUGAUAAAGAUACAUUUCUUUAAAUAUGAGGAACAAAUAUUGCUACAGGGUUUCAGCUGUACAGUCUAUGGUCUUCUAUGCUUCCAUUGUGAUAAUAUAGUCCAGUUAUUAUACUCUUUGUUUAAUAAAAAAUGACAUACAAUUUA